CCGAGUCACCGCAGUGGCUGAGCUGCUGACAGGAGGCGGCGGCCGAGGAGGAGGUGGUGAGGCCAGACCUGCGGCUCCGUGGGGCCACAGCCGCCGUAGAGCUAGGCCAUCCCCCGGGAGCCACGCUGGCCUCAGCCGGCCCGACAGCCCUCCGCCCCCUGUCCAUCUAUCCGUCCUCCUGUCCGCCCGACUCGUCUGGGGCGGCCUAGUCUGCAUCAUCCCCUCCGGGCUCCUUGGGGCCGCCGCCCCGCGCGGUCCCGUCGGCGUCUCCAGCCGCGCCCCGGCCCUCUCGCCCCGCCGGCACCAUGAUGGAGGAGAUCGACCGGUUCCAGGUGCCCACCGCGCACUCGGAGAUGCAACCGCUGGACCCAGCUGCCACCUCCAUCUCCGACGGAGACUGUGACGCCCGGGAGGGUGAGUCAGUAGCCAUGAAUUACAAACCAUCCCCGCUCCAAGUGAAGCUGGAGAAGCAGCGGGAGCUGGCCCGGAAGGGCUCCCUGAAGAAUGGCAGCAUGGGCAGCCCUGUCAACCAGCAACCCAAGAAGAACAAUGUCAUGGCCCGAACGAGGCUGGUGGUCCCCAAUAAAGGAUACUCCUCACUUGACCAGAGCCCAGACGAAAAGCCACUGGUAGCUCUUGAUACAGACAGUGAUGAUGACUUUGACAUGUCUAGAUACUCAUCCUCUGGCUACUCCUCUGCUGAGAUCAACCAAGAUUUGAACAUCCAGCUGCUGAAGGAUGGCUACCGGUUAGAUGAGAUCCCGGAUGACGAGGACCUAGACCUCAUUCCCCCCAAGUCUGUGAACCCCACCUGCAUGUGCUGCCAGGCCACGUCCUCCACCGCCUGCCAUAUUCAGUAGCGGGCAGGGCCAUCGCGGCAGCACGGGCCAGGCCAACUGGGGCCAGGUUGGACAGGGCAGGGGCCGACCCCUGCCCAGCUUGUCCACCCACCCCCAGCCUGCGCCCCCUACAGCCGCCAACCUUGUAACAGUCAUUGCUUCCUCCUAUGGUAGGACGUGUACCUCUGUUGUUCAUGGAGCCGGAGAAACCAAAACCGGGUCUGUCUCCACCCCGGGGACUGAGGAGGGCUCGGCACUAUUCAGUUACUUGGGGGCACUACACCUAGCACCCUGCCCCACUCCCCAAGGCUACAGCUUGGGGGCUACACUGGAUGGCAAGGAGGCCCACCUUAAGGAGCCAGGUGGGGAGAAAUCAUAGUUGGGGGUUGGCCCCAUCCCAGCGAAGCCAUGAACUCCGCCCUCCCCCCAAUUCUAGCCUGGCAAGGAGAUGGGCUUGGAAGAGGACAGGCCCGAGGCAGUGGUGACAGGUCGGCUUAGAGCCUCUUCCACUGCUCCCUGCCAGCCCGUGUACCUAUUUGUGUUUUCUCCUCAUCUCUAGAUGGGAAGCCUGGCAAAGCUGACCACCACAUCACUUCCUUCUUCCUCCACUUUGUCCCACCCACCUCCUUUCCUUGCUUGCUGGGGCUGGGGGAAGGUAAGAUGGGCCUUAGAGAGAGGCCAGGGGUGGGCAUGGUAUGAGCAGCUCUCACCAGUGCGUCUCUCUCUCUGCUCCCACCCCCCACCCCACUGUUUCUGCUCAUCAGUUCUAGGCUAGAAGUAGGGGGGCAAGACUGGCUUCCAAUGCCCCAUUCCCAUCUCACCCCAGCCCAAGGUCUGGCUCCCAGACAGGCUUUUCAAGGAACAAGCUUUUAGGAGAAUACAGUGCGCUGAGUAGCUAGCUGCUGCGUGUGUGUGCUAGGGAGUGCCUGUGGAGCUGUGUGUGUGGCUGCCAGGAUGCAAGUCCCUCUCUCUCUCUGUCUCUCAAGGUGUGUCUAUUCCUGAGGCAGAUGUGGUGUCCGUGGUGGGGAAAUGACUGUGUGGUCUGUUUACUGUGUGAGAGACUGCUCAGCGAUGAAUGGACCGGAGCCCUAGCCUGGCAGUCAGAGCCUGGGUUCUGGUCCCAGCUCUGACUCUCUCCCUGAGCUUUUCAGCAAGCCUUGGACUUUUCCUGGCCUUCAGUUCUCUCAACUGGAAAAUAAAGAGCAGCUUUAUUUAUAUGAAGUAAUUCUUAAGGCCCUUUCAAACCUGAAGGAAUCUCUUCACAGGAAUUUCUGCAGAUGACUAUGGGAGAUGUGUGUGUGAGAGAGCAUACCUAGGGAGCUCUCUGUGGUGUGCAUGACUGUGGCGGAAAGCCUGGAUCUAUUGAGAGAGAGAGGUGUGUGGACGUGGGUGUCUAAUAUGUGUAGCUAGCUGUAUGAGGUGUCUGUGAGUCAGCAUACAUCUACAGCGGGGCAGGAAAGCUAAGGAUGCAACUCAAGGAGGAGGAGAAGGUAAACAGACUCUCUCCUGGGCUGGCAGUAGAGACCUGCCCUCAUAGGAGAGAAACUGAAAGCAGAGUCUCAGACCACUUGGUCAGUGCCCCAGAAGCCUUCUCAGCAGAACAAAGGUGUUCACUUCCCCAGCCCUCCAUGCUGACAAGCCCCACAUGCUAGUGUAUCCACUGUCAUGGAUAUCACUCACAUGCUGUUCUCUGGACACCAGCCCCGGAAGCUGGAAGGGGAAGAGGCGGCGAGAGGAGGGAGUGGGACUGCUGGCUUAGGAAAGAAGCACCUCUCCCUGCAUCACGCCCCAGAGCCAUCUGCUCCAAAGUAUUGGGUGCAGCUUUCUACCCCCACCUCCCAUACCUUUAACCCACCCUUACCUCCUCUAGUGCAGAGACCCUAGUUAAAUAAUGAGGAAACACCAAAGGGAGGCAGGUCAGAGAAAACAUCUACAGGGUUCACAAGGCCUACAGUUCUCCCCAUCUGAGCCCCCCUCUUUCUCACCCUGGUCAACAUCCUACCACUGGUCAGGCAGGUCUCAGAACCAGGCGUCCUCCUGCCACCACUGUCAUCCUGGGUUCCUUGGCUCACCCUUCUAGAAAUGGGUACCUCCUCUCUUUAGACUGCUGCUAACUUACUGUGGGAUUCUGGUCCAUUGUUAACAUCUGUGGCCCUGAGGAGCCAGGAAAAAGCUCCUUCCACACAGGACAUAAUAGUUCAUUGGUAGGCAAGGGCUCCAGACUUGAGGCUGUAUAGACGGUGGGGAGAGUAUAAGAUCGGCAGCCAACAGCUUCUGUGUCCAAGGAGAGUAUAAGAUUCCCUCCUCCCCUGUCUGGGAGUUGAAGGGGGGAGCCCAGGCCUUAGCUGGCCUCUGUCCCCACCCCGUAGAUGCUGCCUUAACACCCCCCCCCACCUCGGCUGUGGCUGCCACCCAGCCAGGUUUCUCCGCGCUCACUAAUUUAUUUCCAGGAAGGUGUGUGGAAGACAUGAGCCGUGUAUAAUAUUUUUUUUAACAUUUCCAUCGCAGUAUUGACCAUCAUCCUUGGUUGUGUAUCGUGUAACACAAAUAAUGAUAUUAAAAGCAUCAAACAAA